AUGGUGACUAUAUUCAUCCUCUUCAGAAAUAAUAAAACAGAAAUGGACUUUGAUGAUCCUUUUAAAUUAAAAAACAAAAUUUCAUCAGUUAAAUCAAAUCCAAAGCCACCAAGGUCAGUAAAUGACGAAUCUUCAGUGUACAUUGCUAUUUUCGAUGAAGAAUACGAAGAGAAAGUUUAUCAUGAAUACGUAUAUAAGCAAUGGAUAUCAAAAUUACGUCAAAACCCAAGGAUUGAUGGUGUUGAAUUAUACUCAUUAGUCAAAUGGUCUAGUCCAAGUUUUGAUUUAUCAACUAUUGUCGUUCAAAAUCCACCUCAUUUUAUGUCGGACCCAAGAGCUUGGCAGUUAUACCAUAUACUAAAGUUAUAUAUGGAGCGUUCUCUCAGCAAUUGGCUAUUUUUGAUUGGUGAUGCUGCUUAUAUUAACCAUGAUAACUUCGAAAAGUUUAUUACAGACGAAGUCCUUCUUUCAUACGAUCCAAAUUCGAUAAUGUUCAAAGGUUCAUGCGUUGAACCUCGCUAUUUCUUCCAAGAACUUCAAAUUUCAUCCGGAGUUCUACUUUCUAGAGAGACCGUCCGAAAUAUCAUUGAUCUCGAUAAAUUCUGGAAUCAUACAUUUGAAAUAGAACUGAAUCCAGAUGAUGCUCUCGGUCAAUCUUUUUGUCAACUAAAUGCUUGUGCAGAUCUUGGAAUUAAAAAUGGAUUCAUUGGUGGUGGGUUUAACAGCGAUCGUGAUUAUAACGUUCUCUUAUCUGGUGAUGAUUCAAAACUGCCUCCUUGUAUUGUUGCAGAUAAUCUCAAGAACCCGCCAGCAGGAAUUGCAGGUAACUGCGUUAAAUUUGAACAGAGAUUUAGUGAGUUUAUAUCUUGGGCUGGGGCCAAGAAAAAUUUGAAAACUCAAUUCCUGAAAAAUGCAGAAUUAAUGGUUCGACACAUUAAACCAGAAUACGGAAUUGUUUGGGAUAGGAUGAAUCCAAUAUUAUGCAAAUUAUAG